GCCACCGCCGCUCCUGCACCUGCCGGGCUAGAGAUGACUGUGGGGAGGCCGGCGGGGGCCCCCAGCUCCAAGUGGAGCGCUCAGCUCUUUCCUCCCAAGUCCUCGUCAGACACAGAUGCAGAAGAGGGGCUGUCUGGAGACGCAGCGUUCUGGCCCAGGGCUGGCAAACUGGAUGAGUUCCUCAGCCUGGGAGAGGAGGCGGGUUCUGCUUCGGACUCCACUGAGAGUUUGUAUGAGGACCUAGAGGCGCUGACGGAGAAAGACAGGCAGCGGCGCCUGUGGGGAGCCCUGCAGCCGUCAGAGCCUGACAGUGAUGGGAGCCUCUCUGACAUCAUGGCGGAGCUGGGGAGUUUCUUUGCAGUGGAGGGCAGGGGGAAGCUGCAGGCCCCCUGCCCCCCGGCUCUGAGGUGUGGCUCCCCAAGGCGCUGUAGCUCUCUCAGCAACCUUCUCUCGGACAGCCCCCGGACUCAGCCCAGCCCAGCUUCCAUCACCAGGCCCCCCUCCCAGCACAGAAGCAUCAGCACCUGGGGCUCCUCCAUCACUGUCCCCCAGCCCUUCCGUAUGACUCUGCGUGAGGCCCAGAAGAAGCUCCAGAAACUGGCCUCUCCCUCUUUCUUUGAGAGAGAGAGGCAGCAGGCCCAGAGGCAGGGCCUGGAGGAGGCCGAGUGUCAUCGCCAGUUCCAGGCACAGCCUGUGCCUGCCCAUGUCUACCUGCCCCUCUACCAGGAGCUCACGGAGCGCAACGAGGCCCGCAGGCGGGCAAGGGUGCAGAAGAGGAGGGAGCUGCUUCUCUCUUCUCUGAAGCCUUUCAGCUUCCUGGAGAAGGAGGAACAACGAAAGGAAGCCGCUCGACAGAGGGACUUGGCCAAGGUUCAGGCCAAGGGCCCCAAGCAGAAAGUCACCAAGAAGAUCCCCAAGUCUGUUUUGGAGCCGGCCCUCGGGGACAAACUCCAGGAAGCUGAGCUCUUCAGGAAAAUUCGCAUCCAGAUGAGGGCCCUCGACAUGCUGCAGAUGGCCUCCUCCCCUCUUGCCUCCUCUAGUAGCCGGCCGGACCCCCAGUCUCGAACCGCCACCCGGACCCGGGAGAAGAAGCUGGGGUUUCUGCAGACUGACUUUGAAUUCCAACCUCGGGUGAAUCCCACCAUCCCCGAUUAUGAGGGCCUUUACAAGGCCUUCCAGAGGAGAGCUGCCAGGAGAAGGGAAACCAGAGAGGUGACCCACAACAAACCCUUCUUGCUGAGAACUGCCAACCUGCAUCACACUCAACGGCCGGGUGACGCCGGCACCCCUGCAGGGAAGAGGGGCUCCGCACAGCCACCCACCACUCCCCUGCCGAGGAGCCGUUCUCUGAGUGGCCUUGCUUCCCUCUCGGCCAACACCCUCCCCGUGCACAUCACGGACGCCACCAGGAAGAGGCAGUGCGCAGUCAGAAGCUCACUUGAACAAAGAGACAGAGCAGAUGAGAGCACUCGGUGGUUGGAAAUGCAUAAGAAGAAGUGCCAAGCCAUGUCUACAUCUGUGACCUUGCGGGCAAAGGCCUUGGAUCCUCACAAAAGUCUGGAGGAGGUGUUCAAAGCCAAGCUGAGAGAGAACCGGAAUAAUGACCGUAAGAGAGCGAAAGAAUAUAAGAAAGAAUUGGAGGAAAUGAAGAAGAGAAUACAAACAAGACCUUAUCUCUUCGAACAAGUUACCAAGGACCUUGCCAGGAGAGGAGCAGAGCAGCGGUACCGAGACACCCUCAAGCAAGCGGGGCUGGAUGAAGCCUUCGUGAAGCAGCAGGGCCAAAGCACUGGAGCCCUGCCAGGGGAGAUGGACUCUGGAGCCCGUGACUCCCCCAGCAUCCAUGAAAUUACAAGGCUCAGCAUAAAGGAUCCACAGGAGUUAGAAGACUCUCUAGAGUAGCCUACAAGCCUCGGGAAAGAACUGGAGGAACUGUCUUUUGAAUUAAUGGAAGACCUCAAAUCACCUGCUUAGUCAACACACUUAAAUAACUUCUUGCGAUUAACAGUUCACUUGGAGUCAAGUCAA